UUUGGAUGUUGCGAGAAGGUAGUGAGGUUUGAGACGAAGCGGGGAAUAAGUUAGCCAUGGAGUGGACUGUUGUUACUGUCGUCCUCGUGUGUGUUACUGCAUGUGCAGUUGCGUCUCAGACCACGUGUCCACGGGUGCUCUGCUCGAGAGACUGCCUCUCCGGCUACAGGAACGACUCCAGAGGCUGCACUUUGUGUGAAUGCGUUGACGACGCCUGUCCUGACAUCUCGUACUGUCGCGAGUACUGCCAGUAUGGGCACAGACUAGACGAGUAUGGAUGCCGCACGUGUGACUGUCGCCCGUAUCAGCCCCCGUCAUACAACACCGUCGCCAGCGCCAACUCCUCCUGCAGUGUGAUCACGUGUGAGAACUACUGCCCCUACGGGAGAUUCGUCCGCGAUGGAUGUGUCACUUGCCAAUGUCGAACAGAGGAUGACAAAAGUUGCGGGCCGGUGUGCAGGAACUGGUGCUCGUCGGGUCGCUUCUACGACAGUGAAGGCUGUGCCACCUGUUACUGCUAUAGACCUGUAUGCCCUAGGCGUUACUGUAGCAACAGCUGUGACAAGGGGUACGUCACCGACGACAACGGAUGCUCGACCUGCACGUGCGUCGGAAAUUAUGUACCUCCGCCCGGGUGUCCAGUCGUCAGUUGCGAGUUGUUCUGCCAUUAUGGCUUCAAGAACGGAAGUGACGGGUGCCCCGUCUGCGAAUGCGCUAACAAGACUCCCAUAGCGUGCCCGCGGACAUACUGCGACCUUGACUGUCCUAAUGGCUUCCAAACCAACAACAAUGGCUGCAAGCUGUGCCUAUGUCAAGAGCCCGCGACAUGCCCAGACCUCUCCUGCAGCGACUACUGCAUAUACGGGCAUCUGACGGACCAGAACGGCUGCAGCACGUGCAAGUGCAGAACAUGGGGAAUUCCCUGUCCCCCUAGGGCGUGUCCUGCCUGUGGGGGGUACCCGUACACGUACCACACCGACCAGAAGGGCUGUCAAAUAUGCAAGUGCUCCUGUCCCCUGAGAAAGUGUGUUGCCUGUCCCGACGACAGCUACGCAGUGGACAACUACGGCUGCCAGACGUGUACGUGCCGUGUCACGACUACAACCGCCGCCACGCCACAGUGUCCCGCGGUGAACUGCUCGUCCUGCGGGAAUUAUGGUUACCGCUACGACAGUUACGGCUGCAGGACGUGCUCCUGUGCCUGUCCGGCUGUCCGAUGUGCCCAGUACUGUCCAGGAGGCUACGCGCUUGACCAGUAUGGAUGCCUCACGUGCAGCUGCCGCUGCCAGGAACUGCGGUGUGAGCAGACAUGCGCACAUGGGUACCGACUGGACGCCCAGGGCUGUACCACAUGCCAAUGUCAAGUCGAGUGCCCUGCUGUCAAAUGCAGCAAGUUCUGCUACCGGGGUUAUGUGAAAGACGCUAAUGGCUGCCCUCUCUGUGAGUGUGAGUGCCCAGUCCCGACAUGCAACAACUCGUGCCCGGAAGGUUAUCAGAUUGACCGUUUCACGGGCUGCGCCACCUGCAACUGCACGGUGAAGCCGACGUGCCCAGAGUUGGAUUGUAGCAACAACGUCUGCAAGGCCGGCUACAUGUUCAACUCCAAGGGCUGCGAGACUUGCAACUGCAGACUAGACACUGUGUGCCCCGUGUUCUUUUGUGCCAUCAACUGCCCCCUGAACGCCUAUCGCCUCAAUGUGGACGGAUGUCGUACAUGUCGGUGUCAGAACAGCGUCCCGGCGACCUGUCCCCGACUGACCUGCACGGACGUGGUAUGCCCAUUCGGGACGGAAGUCGACCCGGACACCGGAUGUGACACCUGCUCCUGCAGACUCAAUUUUGAAAUGAGAGUCAUCAGAUGGCAAUGGGCUACUGAGGUCCGGAGAAAACGACGUAGUUUGGAAUAACCCGGAUGUGAAGAAGUAACCCGGAUGUAUCUCUGCUCCACCAGACAUUGUAUAUGUGUAACUAGUUCAUGAGAAACCAACCGGAAGCCUUCACUACAUUGUGGAUACUGGGAAUGUGAUUAUUUAAAGCUUGCAAACCAUUAUAAUUUGUUUCUUUGACAGUAGUAUUAAAAAUAUUGUUGAAUGUAACAGCAUGAGCUACUUCUCCCACCACAACAUAUACUGAACAACAAAAGUUCCUGUGACGUUGAAUAAGAUGUAAUGCAAAGU